AGUUAUGCAACUGCUGAUAUAAUAUCUGAAGCAACAUCUGUUUGCUCCUGAUUCCAAGAGAGACCAGAACAAGUCAAAAGCAGAACAGUUUACUCAAAGGUUGGCUUUUAACAAUGCACUACCAAAAUAUAAUGCUAUGCUUGACUGCAUUUAUUAGUUUAUCAACAUGCAACCGUGUGUACGUCCAUCCAUUCAAUUUACUGACAUAUACCAAGAGCGAAUGUGAAAAAAUCCAAUCACAGGACCAUAGCACUGAGAAGAUGUUCUUUCCUACAGCUAUUGAAUCUAAAAACAAUGCUGAAGAAACUGACUUUAAACUCCAAACAAAUCAGGAAGCAAGUGAUCUUGGGACUCCUGAAACAUACCUGAUAUCACUCAUUAGUGAUUUUGGCUUCCGAGCCGUUGCUCAAUGGUGGAAACUGAAUAAAAUGGACAACAUCCUUAUACCCUACACUGAUUUAUUUAGAACAAUGGUGUCAUUUUACCAUGGAGCAUCUGGGAACACUUCUAGCAGUCUACAGGCCUUUUUGGGAUUUCAAGACCCAUCAUUAAUUCCAAACUGCACUUUCAAAGUAAAUGGCUUAAAAGUAAUCCCAAAGCUCAAAAAAAUUGACAAUUUUCUCUUUUCUAGAGAAUCAAAUAUCAAUACACUGAGAACUGUGUGCAUAUUUGUCUCAAAUGUUCCAUUGUCAGAAAAGUUUGUUCAUGGAUUAAUCCCAACUGCUGAAAACUUUUAUGUAAAGGCUGUAGACUUCAAAGAUUCUCCAAAGGCUAUCAAAUUAAUCAAUGAAUUUCUGGAUGCUAAACUCCCAACAAAUACUAAAUCUGGAUUAACUUCCAUUGAUGGGACUACAAACUUCAUGUACUUUAGCCAUGUUCAAUUUAAAGGUAAAGUGGCAAAGUCUUUCUUAAUUCCAAACCAUCAACCUUUCUGGACUGAGCUAAACAAGAGAGUCAUGGUUCCUAUGAUUUCUGUAUCAGGAAUAUUUCAGUUUAUUGAAGAUAACACUGCAAAUCAGUUAAUAAUAAAGAUUUCCUUAACUGACAAUGAUUUCCUGCUCUUGGUUCAGCCAAUAAACGGAAACACCCUUGAGAACAUAGAAUCUUCCAUGGAGCGUGAUACAUAUGUAAAAUGGGUGAACAGUUUACCAAAAAAAUACACUUAUAUAAAUUUAUCCUUACCAAAACUGAAAAUACAACAUUCAUACAAUAUUCAAGAUCUUCUUGAGAGUCUGAAUGUGUCAUAUCUGCUUGGAAAAAAUGCUGACUUCAGCGGAAUGAGCAACACAAACAUAAAAGUGGGAAAGGUUAUUAACAUGAUUGAUUUUGAGCUGGAAGAAACUGGUGUAGAGCCAAAUGGAGAUAGUGAUGUCCCACAGACCAAAGAAGAACCAGUGGAAUUAAAACUUAAUACACCUUUCCUUUUUGCAAUUUGCGAAGGCACUACCAAGUCAUUACUUCUGCUUGGACGAGUAGUACACCCAACAAAUGUUAUUUAAUAUCAAUACGUAUUUACCAUUUCUAAGUUCUUUAUACGUUUAACUAGUGUUAUAAAUGCAUCAAUUGUAGAUAUAAAUACUAACAUUUCAGUAGUAAAUGUCAGAAAAUAAACACAGAAGGUUUGAAGAGGUUAUCCAGAUUUGAAUUUUUUUUUAAAUGUGAACUUCACCAUUAAAAAAAUAAAAAAUAUCAAACUGGA